UCCUCCUCCUCCUCCCUCUUAUCACAACAAUUUUGGCCAGUCUCCUUCGUUCACUUCAUCUUGUACGUUUCUUUUCUACGUCCCAUCACCACUCUCUCUCUUCUCUCUCUCUCUCUCUAGAAAGGAGAAAAUCACUCACUUUCUCGUGAAAAGAUCCUCCUGAGAGCACCCGAUCACACCUUGCGGAGCCGCUCCGAGUCGCCGAUCGAAGUAAGAAGGUGUUCGACUACUGGGUUUGGGUUUAAUUCCUUGGAUCAUCCUCAAGUCCCAAGUAGAAGAAGGGAUCAGAAUUCGAUCCCGGGAAUCCGAAAUUUCCACCCGGUUUUGAUCGCCACGCGCCGCUCAUGGAUUCCACUUCGGGUGCCGGGCCACCCGAGCAACAGCAGGAGGGUGCUGCUGCAGCUGCCGAGGGCCCGUCAUCGGCGGCCGUGGGGGCCCCAUCGGCGCCGCCGAGCCGGUACGAGUCGCAGAAGCGGAGGGACUGGAACACGUUCCUGCAGUACCUGAAGAACCACAAGCCGCCGCUGACGCUGGCCCGGUGCAGCGGCGCCCACGUGAUCGAGUUCCUCAAGUACCUGGACCAGUUCGGGAAGACCAAGGUCCACGCCUCGGGCUGCCCCUACUUCGGGCACCCGAACCCCCCCGCCCCGUGCGCGUGCCCGCUUAAGCAGGCGUGGGGCAGCCUCGACGCGCUCAUCGGGCGGCUCCGGGCCGCCUACGAGGAGAACGGCGGGCGACCCGAUUCCAACCCCUUCGGCGCCAAGGCCGUCCGGAUUUACCUGCGCGAGGUCCGGGAGGGCCAGGCCAAGGCCCGCGGCAUCCCCUACGAGAAGAAGAAGCGGAAGCGGACCCCGGCAUCUGCCGACGUCGGUGGCAGCAGUACUACUGGGGAAGGCUCUGGCUCUGGCGACGGCGGCGGCGGCGGAGGAGAAUCUACCGGCGGCAAUGUUGGACCAACUACAGCCCCGAGCUAGCACCGGCGAAUACCUCACAACGUCUAGCGUCUUCUCUUUCUAUUUGUCUUCGCGUUUUGAUUUUUCUUGUUUCCUCCAUGGCCGCCAUUUUUAAGAGCGAUAAUCUGUGUAAUUGUAAUUACGAGUCAAUUAUUACAUUCAACCCGCAGAGACGAAUCAAAA